AUGGCCUCCACGACGGGCCAGGAGCCCGAGUGGACGGCGUCGAAGGUCCGCUCUACUUUCAUUGACUACUUCAAGAAAAAUGGCCACACGGCGGUACCCAGCUCAUCAGUGGUGCCCCUGGCGGACCCAACACUCCUCUUCACCAAUGCUGGCAUGAACCAGUUCAAAUCGAUCUUCCUAGGAACAGUCGACCCAUCCUCGGACUUCGCAAAGCUCAAGCGUGCCGUGGACUCACAGAAGUGCAUUCGUGCGGGUGGCAAGCACAAUGACCUGGACGAUGUCGGCAAAGACAGUUACCAUCACACCUUCUUUGAGAUGUUGGGCAACUGGUCAUUCGGCGACUACUUCAAGAAGGAAGCCAUUGGCUUUUCAUGGGAGCUGCUGACCAAGGUCUACGGACUGGACCCUGACCGGCUGUACGUGACCUACUUCGAAGGCAAGCCGGACGCUGGACUAGAGCCGGACAACGAAGCCAAGCAAUACUGGAAGGACGUCGGUGUUGCGGACGACCACAUCUUGACCGGCGAUAUGAAGGACAACUUCUGGGAGAUGGGUGAUCAGGGCCCUUGCGGACCUUGUUCGGAGAUUCACUUCGAUCGCAUUGGUGGGCGAAAUGCUGCGCAUCUGGUGAACCAAGACGACCCGAACGUGCUUGAGAUCUGGAACAACGUGUUCAUCCAGUACAACCGCGAGCCGGACAGCUCUUUGAAGUCGUUACCAAACAAGCACGUAGACACUGGCAUGGGUUUUGAGCGGUUAGUCUCCGUUCUGCAGAACAAGAUGUCGAAUUAUGACACAGACGUCUUCACACCAAUAUUCGCUGCUAUCCAGGAACUCACAGGUGCACGAGAGUACCGCGGCAAGUUCGGCGACGAGGAUCCGGAUGGUAUCGAUACCGCAUACAGAGUCGUCGCAGACCAUGUACGCUUGCUCACCUUUGCGAUCUCCGAUGGGGGUGUCCCGGAUGCCGUUGGCCGUGGCUACGUUGUGCGUCGUGUGCUACGGCGUGGAGUACGCUACGCUCGCAAGUACUUCAAUGUCGAGAUUGGCGAGUUCUUCGCCAAGCUGCUCCCUACUCUAACCGCGCAGAUGGGCGACAUGUUCCCUGAAAUCAAGGCCAGGCAGUCUGAUGUGUCGGAAAUUCUGAAGGAGGAGGAAAUCAGCUUCGCGAAGACACUGGACCGUGGCGAGGCGAUGUUUGAGAAGUAUGCGCAGAAGUGUAAGCUGCAAGAUACGAAAGACCUUGCUGGCGCGGACGUGUGGCGAUUGUAUGACACGUACGGCUUCCCGGUCGAUCUCACACGCCUGAUGGCUGAGGAGCGUGGUUUGACGAUCGACGAUGAAGAGGUCGAGAAAGCACAGCUCAAGGCUAGGCUUGCAUCGAAGGGUGAGAAGAAGGCCGGCGCUGACCUCGUCAAGCUCAAUGUGCACGACAUCAGUGCGCUGGAGAAGAUGGCUGACGUCCCGAAGACGGACGACUCACCAAAGUUCCAGCGGGACAACAUCCACGCCACCGUCAAAGCGAUCUACCACAGCGGCAAGUUCGUCGACACCACAGAAGAGGUGCCAGAAGGCGAGCAAUUCGGCCUCAUCCUGGACCGCACAAACUUCUACGCUGAGCAAGGUGGUCAAGAGUUUGACACCGGCCGGAUUGUCAUCGAUGGCGAAGCAGAGAUCAGCGUGCACAACGUCCAAGUCUACGCCGGCUACGUGAUGCACACCGGCUACAUGAACUACGGCCACUUCAAGCUCGGCAACGAAGUCCUCUGCGACUACGACGAGCUUCGCCGCCAACCCAUCCGCCACAACCACACCGGCACCCACAUCCUCAACUUCGCCCUCCGCGAAGUGCUCGGCGAAGACGUCAACCAGAAGGGCUCCCUCGUCGCUCCCGAAAAGCUGCGUUUCGACUUCAGCCACAAGAGCGGCUGCUCCGACACCGAGAUCGCCAAGAUCGAAGAACUCACCACCAGCUACAUCCGCCAGAACAGCGAAGUCUACGCCACCGACGUCCCGCUCGCCACGGCACGCAACAUCGAAGGCGUCCGCGCCGUCUUCGGCGAAACCUACCCCGACCCCGUGCGCGUCGUCAGCAUCGGCGUCCCGGUGGAAGAACUGCUCGAAGACGUCAAGAACCCGCAAUGGCGCUCCGUCUCUGUUGAGUUCUGCGGUGGUACGCACGUGAAGAACACGUCAGAGAUCAAGGACCUGAUCGUGCUGGAGGAGAACGGCAUCGCGAAGGGUAUCCGUCGUAUCGUCGCUGUCACUGGCGCUUUGGCGCAUGAAGUCCAGCGCGAAGCGGAGGAAUGGAACACCCGCAUCGCCGAGCUCGAACGCAUGCCCUACUCCGCGGAGAAAGAGGCCAGGACGAAAGAGCAGCAGCACGAACUUGGACGGAUCGAGAUCUCGCUACUGUCAAAGUCGAAGCUCCGCGACCGCUUCGCUGCGGUCGUGAAAGCAAACCUCGACCAGCAGAAAUCCGCGCAAAAAGCCGAAAACAAACGGGUCUUGGACGUAGUGACCCAGCAUUUCGAAAAGGACAAAGAGAACAGCACCCUCGUCCUCUCCGUCCCCGUGUCCGCGGGCUCGAAGGCGAUUCAAGAGACGAUCAAAGUCGUCGGGUCGAAGCAGAAGGAUAAGACGGUGUAUCUCCUCGGUAAGGCGGAGGAUGGGAAGGUCUUGCACGGAUGUCACGUUUCCAGCGAUGCGCAGGGUAAGGGCGCGGAUGCGAGUAAGUGGGCGAAUGAAGUAGCGGGUCUGGUUGGAGGCAAGGCGGGUGGCAAGGGGCCGACGAGUUUGGGUCAGGGGACUGAGGCGGGCAAGGUGGAUGAGGCGGUGGAGGUGGCGCGGAAGUAUUUGGAGGGGUUGGGGCUUUGA